GGCUGCGUAGGGGGGGGGUCCGCCUGAUGUCAUUUGGCAGAAGGGGAGGCUGAGCUAGUGGUGGGCACACGGGUGGAGAGCAUAACAAUAACGACACCGUUUCAUUGCUCAUGCUGGGGCAUUUAAACUCACUGUCGGAGUAAAACACGCCGCGUUUUAAAGGCGUCUCGCAGAGGUCCGGAGCGGGAGAAGAGGAGGCUAGCUAAUGGGCUGAUAGUACCAGAUGCUAUUCCAGCGGAGAAGGCGAACCGUGAUGGGUUCUCGUUUUCCUGACGGGUAACUAACCCUACGCUCGAAACGCGGUUAUUUCGGAGUGUGGGAACUCGCUCCGCAUCUCCCGGACCUCAGUAGGUGUGACAUUGUGUAUGAAAUGUCAUCGAGCAGCCUCUGGGCCGCAGCUCGGCUCAUGGAGCCCGAAUCUAGCUAGCUGUCCGCUAGCCGAAGCUGUACCCGAUGCUGCUGCUGCUGCAGCGGCUGUUCCUAAGCGGAUCCGUACCACAGCGCAAGAAGUCCGGGGCCUCCGCGCCGAGUGAGUCUUUGUUUUGCAUUACUGGAGUACAGCGGGGCUUUUGAGAUGUGAUGCUUUUGUGCGUCAUAUCUGAGCCUUUUGUAGCUGGAGGCUCACUCUUGCUUGACGCGAAGGGGCUAACGUUGCUGCAAAAUGCACAGCAGAACCUCAACAGCGAGCUGCUGUUGAAGGGGGCGAGGUUGGACAGAUAACAGCCCACCCCGAGUCUCUCUGAACAGCCGGGGAGGGGGGGUCUGGUUUGGACAACCACCACCCCAUUUUCCCCCGUCACUCACCGCCUCUUCUCCAGGCGACAUGGAUAAACUGACGAUCAUUUCAGGGUGCCUGUUUCUGGCUGCAGAUAUCUUUGCAAUCGCCAGCAUUGCAAACCCAGACUGGAUCAACACUGGUGAAUCAACAGGUGCCCUUACAGUCGGCCUUGUCCGGCAGUGUCAGACCAUACACGGACGGGAGCGGACCUGCAUCCCGCCGCGGCUGCCCCCUGAGUGGGUCACUACUCUCUUCUUCAUCAUCAUGGGCAUCAUAUCCCUCACAGUCACCUGCGGACUGCUAGUUGCGUCGCAUUGGCGCCGAGAAGCCACCAAAUAUGCCCGCUGGAUUGCCUUCACUGGCAUGAUCCUGUUCUGCAUGGCAGCGCUCAUCUUUCCAAUCGGCUUCUACAUCAACGAGGUGGGAGGUCAGCCUUACAAGCUGCCCAACAACACGGUGGUGGGCUCCUCGUAUGUGCUGUUUGUCCUCUCCAUCUUCUUCACCAUAGUGGGACUGCUAUUUGCAGGAAAGGUUUGCCUCCCAGGCUGAGGACUUCUCCAUGCUGGCCUCUGGACUGACCGGGGAGGUACUGAAAGUAUUAUGGGAAUUUCCAGGACUACCGACUGAAUAUCAAAAACGACAAACUUUUGCCCUCAAAGCCUGAAACGGGGAAGACGAUGCUUACGUUUCAACGGACCGCAGCACCAUGCAGAACUACUUAAAGAUGAAUAAAUGAACAAAACACUAAAAGGGGACAAGAGCACAACAGGGUGGAGGCUGUCGCAGUUCCCUGCAGUUCGCUGCCGAUUUCGGAUACAACCGUUUCUCUUUCUCUCUCUCCCUCUGUUGUUAUUCUGAUAGAAAGGGUGCUUAAUGUGCCGCAGCAACAACGAUGGCACACAUCUCCGAAGGACCACUACAACCACUCCUCGACUUGAUUUCCAGCCGCCCCUCAGCACACAUCUGCUUCAUCACGGCCGCUCCUGUUGCUAUUUAUAGCUUCUCUUUCCUAUUUUCGGUUUCUGGUUUUUUUUUCUGUACAAUUUGUUUUUCUUUUAUUCUUCCAGGUCCCACCACCUCUCUACUGAAGUAGCAUUAGUGUUAUUGAAGUUCACUGAACUGAGUCCUUUAAACAGAAUCGGGUGGGGGGGGGGGGGUUGUUAAGUGUUUUCGUCUGCCAUAUUGCAGAGCCCAGGUGUGCAGCCGAGGAGAGCAGCUGUUUUGGCACACACUUUCAACCUGCUGUGGAUGAGACAUAGAUGCAGGGGUGCUUCCUCUUCAUCUUAUCCAGCCAGCUUGGACCUCCUUGGGUACCAGAACAGGAGGUCAAGUGACAUAAAGGAGAAUGCCACUCAGUCCAAGACCAUGCAUUAUAUUAUUUCUGCACACAGCAAAGUAAUAGUUCAGACAUCUCAAUUAAACCUGUCAUGCACAGCCUCUGCUAUCAGUCGUUGGAACAUGAACUCAUCUCCUAUAUUUAUGGUAACAUUUACAGUCGCCAGAAUCUUCUCUAAGGUUGUAAAUCACUGCAGUGUUGUGAUGGACCUCUAUAUUCUUGACAGAACUGAUUUUUUUCAAUAGGACAUUGUAAAGGCUAAUAAUCAGUGGUAUUCUCCUUUAAAAUGAGAAAACAUUGAGCCAGGGAAGGUUUUUUCGAUCUUGUUUUAUAUAACAGUGAAGGCACUGGGGCUGCAGGUCAGGUCCAUGCAUGUCACUGUGCCUCGUAGUGGUGCUCGGGAGGUCUGUGAACGCAACGCAACACACACACACAAACACACCUUCACACUGUCCACACUGAAGCUGCAAUGAUUGUUUUGAUCCCGAUCCCCAUUGCAAUCCGAAAAAGUGUUUUCAAAAAUAAUGAAUAGACAAUAUAUUUUUUUACAAUAAAAGUCAUACCUCCAGAGGUUUUCCACAUUUUGUUACAUUACAACCGCAAACUAUGUAUUUUAGGGAGAUUUUAUGUGAUAAACCAACACACACGCAUUAACUGUGAAGUGGAACGUCUUCCCUUCAACCAGGAGCAACUUUCCUGCCCCCUGCUCAUUGAAAGCAUCCCCACAGAAUGAUGCUGCCCCCGCCAUGUUCCAAUUACUCUGGCUGUAUAGUUAGGUUUGUUGUCGUGCUGGAAGGUGAACCUCUACUAGGUUCCCAGGUCUUACGCGCACUCCUUCUGUCUUGAUUUUUUUCCUUUAUUUAGCCCUGUCUAUCUUCCCAUCAACUCUCACCGACUUCCAUCUCCCAAAGGAAGAAAAGCAUCCCAAUGUUUUAUCUUUGGGAUGGUGUGUUCAGGGUGAUGUGCGGUGUUUGGGUUCCACAUCACCCAACGUUUGUAUGUAGGCCAACAAAUUUAAACUUGGUCACAUCUGACCAGAGCAUCUUGCUCUGUCCCCUACAUAGCUUGUCGAAAACUUCUUUGAACAAUGGCUUUUCUCUUAUAACACUUUCAUGAAGGUCAUACAUGUUAGCUGUCCUUAUGACGGAUUGUCCGACCCGAACUUUGGAUUUGUGCAGCUCCUCCAGAGUUACCUCUUACUUGUUUCUUUGAUGAAUACUCUCUUUGCCAGGCCUGUCAGUUUCUGUUUGGUGGACAUGUUUAGGUAGUUCUGAAUCUGCAUUUUCAGGUGGUGGAUUGAAUAGUGCUCCGUGAGAAGUUCACAGACUGCAGUUGUUGGGGUUUUACAACCUUUCCCUGCUUUAAUCUUCUCCACAACUUCAUUCCUGACCUCCUGCUGUCCUCCUUGGUCUUCAUGAUGCUGUUUGCUCUCUAAUCUCUGACAAACCUCUGAGGCCUUGACAGAACAGCUGGAAUUACACACAGGUGGAGUCUGUUUAAUAAGUAGGAAACUUCCAAAGUCAGCUGGAUGCACUGGUUUUUAUUAAGGAGUAUCAGAGUAAAGUGGGCUGAAUACAAAUGUUUGCCGCCCCUUUUUAAUUUAUUUCUGUAAAAAAAAAAAGAAAAUGGAAACCAUGUGUCAUUUUCGUUCAAAUUCACAAUUCUGCUUUACGUUGUCUUUGUCUAUCACAUAAAUUAACUGUAAAACCAACUAAAGACAAUCUGGAAAAGUUCAAGAGGUAUGAAUGCUUUUGGAAAACUCUGCAUGAAUUCUCCUCUUAGUGGGUUUGAAUUAAUUUGGACAAACGUUUUGCUUUUGGUCCAUUUUACAUGUCUUUAGUUAUCAGAUUGUAAACAGAAAAUGUCUCAACUUGGUUUCAAACUGGAGCCUGAAACAUUCUGAACAUUUUCCAAGAGUUGCGUCUGAGAGAACCUGUCUGCUUUCGCCAGAACUUUGUUUUUUGCAGGCCCAACUUUGCCAACAGUGUUGAAAGGUGUGAAUAUCACAGGCUGUUACAAGAAAAGAAACGGGGCGAAUGUGGAUAUAUUAGUAUUCGAUGGUGAAGCAAAACCUUUUUUACAUCGCAUUUACUUUACUUUCCAUUUCCAUCACCUUCUUUUAAAUGGUCAAUUCUGGACAAUAGUCUCAUAAGAAGGUCUGGGCUUCCAUGUGAAUAUCUUUUGGCCAAAUUAGGCAGCAUUUUAAAUAAACGUGGACUGUCACCGUUAGUAAGAACCACUGCAGUUUAACUCCAGUCGUACUGCAGCCUUAGGCUAAACCUCUCAUCUCCUGGGGUUUCCAUCUAUUCUUCUGUUACACCAAAAACAGCAUUAAACUCUGAGUAAUGGUAAGAUUGGUUAACUUUAACAGACAAGCAGCUGUUAUUUGUAGGAAACUCAUUGAUAUCUUUAUAUAGAUGGAUUUAUUAAAAAUAUAAUGCAUUGCUUCGUGGGCCUGUGCAAUUACAUAAUUUGUAUAUGAAAUUUGGCUCAAACAAUCACAAGAUUUGUUAUAAUUGAUUUAUUAUCACAUUAUUUUGCCACAUUUCACUUUAGAAAAUACAAAUGGAAGAAUGUACCCUAAACCUAGAAUAUUAUGGAGGUUUUUGUAAUACCUAGAUGUGAGCUUAUUAAGAUUAAGGUUUUCCAUCCUUUACAAUGGCGUUCACAAUAAAGUAACACUAAGAGCAAUGUAUUUCUUGCUUGAGGUUUCUGUUUGUGUGAUGCUAGAUUGUAAAAGAGUUGCACAAUUAUCAAAUCAUAGUCAUCAAUGUGUGCAUUACUGCAAUCACAAAGAACUGCUUGUAUGCAGUAUUUGAAAAGCCAUGCAUAAAAUAGGUGCAUACCAAUAAUAUAUUUGACCUGUUGCAAAGACUUUUACCACCCUUGAUGCCGACACUUAAUGUAUCUGGAGAUGUUACAAAGAGUGAAACAAAAUGUUGGUUAUUCGUCAUCAAUAUUGCACAUAAUUUAGCAGUAGCACUGCAAUUUUAUGUUUUCCUCAUAUGGGGAGCCCUGUUGUAAAACGGAACUCGGCAAUAUAUAAACGUGAAAAAAUAGAUUUGGGGAAAAAUAAUAAAUACUUACUUUUUUUAAGUACCAGGAAUUUUGUCUGAUCAUGAAGUUUGGAAGCAAUCAGGAUAAAUAAUUGUGGUUUCAGCUAUAACCAAAACAAACCAGAGUAUAAUUUAUUUUCUGUAAUCAGCAGCCCUAAUAAUUGGACAACAAAUUUAUAUUUUUACAUUCACUGACAUUCCAAGGGAUUAAUACACCAGUUUAAUCCUGUUCAUGUUUUUCGUAUGUCCUCAUUAAUCAUCAGCUUUAUAAACCUUUUGGUCAGUCUUGGCUGAAUGUUCUCGCCCUUGUUUCAAUCAGAGUAAUCCAUUAAUAUUUGCAGCAGCUUUUAACCGAAGCUCCUUAUGAUCACAAAUUCAGUUCCUGAUGCAAACAUUGAUUAUGUAUUAUCAAAUCACUGUUUGGACAAUAGCUUCUUCCUCACAAAAGCUGUUUAUUUCCCCUCCCUUGUUUUUAAACACUCUGAAGCCUGGGAUCAUAUAAGCUAGUGAGACACAGAUGUCUCGUUCAUGGUGUGUGUUUGUGUGUGCUGAAGCAGUCACAGCCGCUCUGUUUGCUAAGUCUUAGGUAUUUGUUUUCUAUUUCGGUUUCCUGCUCUGCUUCUCCGACUCUCGGUCUGAUGAUGUGUACUGCUAAACUAUACACUCUGCCUCUGAUUGAUUUAGUAUUGUGCCAUGGCCUACUUCUGUUUUAAUAAUGUACAGACACAAAAAAGGCAAGAUCUCUGUAUUAGGAAGCACUGUGCGUUCAACAGUAUAGGUAACAGACAUAGAAGCACCACAGAUGUAUUAAAAAAAAGAGAACUUCUUACCUCAUUGUUUUUUGUUUCUGCUAUUAUUUUCUAAUGGUGGCAACGUGUGUGCCCUCUAAAUUGUCUCUCGCCUUGAUCGGAUGUCUACACAUAAAGCCUAUGUUGAUAGGAAAUUAUUUAUCACUGAAUAAAAAGAGAAAAAUGGGUGUGUGAGACUCUGA